UACACCAGAGGAGAGCUGCUUCAGGUCGCGGCGCGCGCGUUUCGGGAGCGCGCACACAGACCGUGGGGCUGGUCCGUUUGCGCGCACAGCUGUGAUUUUUUUUCUUUUGGAGGUAAGAGGGACGCGGGUGAAGUUGCUGUCCUCGGUGCGGUUUGGAGAAGGAGCUUCAGUGGAGCAGCUUUCAGCGCCAUAAAAAAAAAGAAAGGAGGCUGAGUGAGGAGGGAAACAUAAGGAUGCUGAUCCAAGCAGAGUCAGCGGGAGCUGCAGCUUCUCUUCAUCACCGCCAAUCCCGGUUGUUCCGUCUGUAACUUUUUAACGAGCUGAAGUUCACCUCAGCUGGUUUUUUUCUUUUUCCCGUUACGUCCGGUUUCGCUCCGGUUCCGCCGGCCUCCCUGCCAUGGUGGCCGUAUCGGUCCACGGAGCGCUCCUCCUGUGCGCCCUCCUCCUCUUCCAGCUGUUCCCGCUUCCCGGCGGACAGGCUCCAAACUGCCACGAAGUGCGCGCGGCGUUUCACGCUCUGCACCCCGGCUCCAAGUGGGUCCCUGAAAGCCCGGUGUCAGGUGCAGAUCUGCAGGUUUGCCAAACCAAAGGCCCGGCCUGCUGUUCCAAGAAGAUGGAGGAGCGGUAUCAGGUAGCUGCACGCAGCAACAUGGAGUCGGGGCUGCAGGUCGUCAGCGCUCACCUCAAACGCCUCAUCAUCCAGAACGCCGCUAUCUUCCAAGAGGCCUUCGACCUGGUGCUGCGUCACAGCCGUAACUCCACCCUGACCGUGGUGAAGUCGGAGUUCCCGGCUCUCCUCCCUGGAGCCCAGAGCUCCGUGGGGCAGCUCUUCCUGGACAUGUCGCUCUACAUCCUCGGCUCCGACUCCACGGUGGACCACAUGGUGGCGGCGUUCUUCGGCAAACUCUUUCCCCUCACGUACCGCCGGCUGCUCAGUGGCGGUUCGUCUGCCGUGUCCGAGGAGUGCGUGCGGGGAGCCUGGAAGGACUCCGGAGCGUUUGGGCCUUACCCCAAGCUGAUCAUGACCCACCUGUCUCGCUCCCUCCUGGCCACAAGGGUCUUCCUGCAGGCGCUCAACCUGGGCAUAGAGGUGGUCAACACCACGGACCAUCUGCGGCCCAGCAGGGACUGCGGCCGGGCCUUGCUGAGGCUGUGGUACUGCCCGCACUGCCAGGGCAUGCUCAGCCCGCCGGCCUGCAGAGGCUUCUGUCAGACUACGAUGCAGGGCUGCCUGGGGGGUGCCGCCGAGGUUCAGCCCCACUGGAGGAGCUACAUUGACGGACUGGGGAAGUUAGCAGGCGGCAUGAGAGGGGAGCAGGAUAUGGAGGCUGUUGUUCUCAGGCUGCCGUCGCUGAUUAAGCUGGCUCUGAAGCAGGCUGUGAACGCCCGCAGCCGGCUCAGCGCCCUGGUGAGCGGCAUGUGUGGACACCCUACGAAGCGGGCCUCCCGCUCCGUGGAGGCCCCACCUCUCCAUCAGCCUCCCGCUGCAUCUGCGACCCGGGACACAAAGCCCUCAGACUCCGAUGAGACGCUGGCUGGACUCCGCAGGGAGUUCAUCACCAACCUGAAAAGCUUCAGCUCCUUCUACAGCGGCCUCGGGGAGGCACUGUGCAGCCGGGAGCCCGCCGCGGCGAACAACUCCCUCUGCUGGAACGGGCAGGAGAUGACAGACAGGUUUGCCGGGCCCAGCCAGAAACGGCUUCAUCCCGCCUCGGAGUCUAAGAGCAACAAGCAGCCGGAGCCGGUCAUCAGCCAGAUCAUUGACAAACUGAAACACAUCAACCAGCUGCUCAACAUGGUGACGGUGUCCGAGAAGCGAUGGCGAGCGCGCUCCAGAGGAGCCGCAGCCGACGCCGACGAGGGGUUCGCGAGCGGCGACUGCGACGACGAGGACGAGUGCGCCGAGGUGUCGGGGCUGGGUCCUCCUCCGAGACGCAAACGGCUACGGAUCUUCACAGACCUCGCUGAUAACCUGGAUGACUUCGGAAGCUGGCAAACUGGAGAGGCAGAUAAAAACUGCUUUGAUUUGAGUGUCUAG